AUGUCUUCUUCCUCGGCAGAAGAGGACACCCGACGUCGAACUUCGCUUGCCGACAAUGACUUCACACGUCCACCUGUAGACACCAGAAGCAGUAGCGGCGAGGAUGAGGCAGAAGCCGACGAAGAAGAAUAUGAAGAAGAACCCUGUCGUCCUGUCAUGACUCAAGGAACAGCUUUGUUGUGGAAAACCUUCUGGCACUUGGCUCUGAAUCCAACAUCAACUUAG